GUCAUUGAAGUAUUUAAGCUUGUUCAGUGUUCGCAUCCCUGUUCAUUCAAAACUUCAAAACUUCAAAACCUCAAAACCUCAAAACUUUUUUUUUUGAUCAUUCGAAAGCCAAUGACAACGACAACCGUGAUCUCGACGGAACAACAGGUCUGUCAGGGAGUGAACUGCGACAAGGCAGCGACGCUUCAAUGCCCGACGUGCUUGAAGCUCCAGUUCCCGAACUCGUUCUUUUGUUCGCAGGGAUGUUUUAAAGACAAUUGGGCAACUCAUAAGGCGAUCCAUAAGAUUGCGGCACUUGUCAAUGGUCCUCCUGCAGAGGAAGGGGGUUCUGAUCCCUGGCCUGGCUUCAAGUUCACGGGCUCGAUUCGACCCCACUAUCCAUUGUCACCUCGUCGACUUGUCCCAGAUCAUAUCGCUAGACCCGAUUACGCCGAGACGGGCGUGCCCCUGUCCGAGUACAGCGUCCAAAGAUCCAAUGCGAUCGAGGCCCUCUCUCCUGAGGACAUCGACAAGAUGCGGGUGGUGUGCCAGCUGGCACGCGAGGUGCUCGAUAUCGGACUGGCGGCGAUCAGGGUCGGGGUGACGACGGACGAGAUUGAUAGGAUCGUGCAUGAGGCGACCAUCGAGCGUGGAGCGUAUCCUUCGUCACUGAACUAUAACGGGUUCAAGAAGUCGUGCUGCACAUCUGUGAAUGAGGUGAUUUGUCAUGGGGUCCCGGAUCAACGGAAGUUGAAGGAUGGGGAUAUUGUAAACCUGGAUGUGUCGAUCUAUAAGGAUGGGUUCCAUGCUGAUUUGGAUGACACGGUGCCGGUGGGUAACGUUGAUGAGACGGGGUUGAGGCUGAUCAAGACGACAAGGGAGUGUCUUGACAAAGCCAUUGCCAUGGUCAAGCCAGGCACACUCUACAGAGACAUUGGAAAUGUGAUUGAGAAGCAUGCGACGAGCCAGGGCUUUUCUGUGGUGAAGAGUUUUUUGGCGCAUGGAGUCCAUCGCCAUUUCCACUGUACACCCAACUUCCCGCAUUAUGGGCGUAAUAAGGCCGUGGGGGUGAUGAAGGAGGGCCACGUCUUUACCAUCGAGCCGAUGAUCAACGAGGGCACCUGGAAGGACGUGAUGUGGCCGGACGAUUGGACGGCUGUGACACAGGACGGGAAGCGAUCUGCGCAGUUUGAGGAGACCAUGGUGGUGACCAAGACGGGUGUCGAGAUCCUGACAGCGCGUAGAGGUUAAGUCAGUCUAGAAGGGCGAGUCUAGUCUCAAACCCGAUCUCUCUAGGCUCAAUGUCGACGUGAAACAAUAAACAGUUGACGUGGUGCUGGUCUUAGUGCAGCAGUGGCAGCACCCAUACCGAGCGUCUCUUUUUGUACCCAACG